AUGGGUCAUAUGGCCCGUGUUCUUCAGAGAGAGGUUAUUAAUAAUAACUCAUUCUAUCUGCCUCACUAUCCAGUGGUGAAGGCAAGUAGCAGUACGUCUCCAAUACGGGUUGUAUUCAACGCCUCGAGUCCUAUGAACAAUGGGAUUUCGUUAAAUGAUCUGCUGCUAACAGGUCCCAAGUUGCAGACGGAUCUUUUAUCUAUUAUUAUGCGCUGGCGAACUCAUCGCUUAGUUCUCGUUGCUGACAUCGCUAAAAUGUUCAGACAGAUCAUGGUUCAUCCGAUAGACACUGACUUUCAAAGGAUAUUAUGGCGCCCUCACCCGGAUGAACCGGUUGCUCAUUAUCGUUUACUCACCGUCACGUACGACACGGUUCAGCGCCUUAUUUAUCCAUGCGUGUCUUACGACAACUAUGUGAGGACGAGGGAUCUGCAUUCCCGUUAG